AGAAGGAGAGGGAAGGAACAGCAGGUUGCAGAGAGAGAGAGAGAGAGAGCGUCUGGAGAUCGGGGAGAGAGGGGUUUUCCGAGCGAGCGAUCAUGUCGGAGAUGGCGGCCGCGGAUCCCGAGGGGAUCGACGGGGUGAGGAUGACUUGGAACGUCUGGCCGCGGACUAAGGUGGAGGCCAGCAAGUGCGUCAUCCCGCUCGCCGCCUCCAUCGCUCCGAUUCGCCCCCAUCAAGACAUCCAGACCCUCCCCUACGCCCCACUCCGCUGCAAGUGCUCGGCCGCCCUCAACCCCUUCGCCCACGUCGACUUCUCCGCCAAGCUAUGGAUCUGCCCCUUCUGCUUCAACCGCAACCACUUCCCGCCUCACUACUCCAUGAUCUCCGAAACCAACCUCCCCGGCGAGCUCUACCCCCAUUACACCACUGUCCAGUACACUCUCCCUCCAGCCCCACUCCACCCCCAGAAUUUCACCGGAUCCGCUCCCAAUUCUCACCCCCCUGUGUUUGUCUUCGUCCUCGAUACGUGCAUGAUCAACGAGGAGCUGGGGUUUGCCAAGUGCGCUCUCAAGCAGGCCGUUGGGCUCCUUCCCGACAAUGCCCUCGUUGGGUUCGUGUCCUUCGGGACCCAGGUUCAGGUCCACGAGUUGGGUUUCUCUGAGCUAUCGAAAGUCUAUGUCUUCAGGGGCAGCAAGGAGAUCAGCAAUGACCAGGUCAUGGAGCAGCUGGGUCUUGCCGUCUCUGGCCGGCGUGCGCCGGGGCCUCAGAAGGGUGCGGUGCAGAAUGGGUUUUUGGGCAGCAAUUCUGGAGUCACCCGGUUCUUGCUGCCUGCUUCAGAGUGCGAGUACAUCCUUGAUUCAUUGUUGGAUGAAUUGCAAACGGAUCAGUGGCCUGUUACCCCUGGAAACAGGCAAUCGAGGUGCACAGGAGUGGCAUUGAGUGUUACCGCUGGAUUGCUCGGAGCUUGUAUGCCGGGCACUGGAGCCCGCAUUGUGGCUCUGGUUGGUGGUCCUUGCACCGAAGGCCCUGGCACGAUUGUGUCAAAGGAUUUGUCUGAUCCUGUGCGGUCGCACAAGGAUCUUGAUAAGGAUGCGGUGCCCUUUUUUAAGAAGGCAGUCACAUUCUACGAGGGACUCGCAAAGCAGCUCGUCAGCCAGGGUCAUGUCUUGGACCUGUUUGCAUCUGCUCUUGAUCAGGUGGGGAUUGCUGAGAUGAAAGUUGCAGUGGAAAGGACAGGUGGGCUUGUUGUCUUGUCUGAAAGUUUUGGUCAUUCUGUGUUCAAGGACUCUUUCAGACGCGUAUUUGAAGAUGGAGAACAGUCUCUUGGUCUUUGCUUCAGUGGCACACUGGAGAUCAUGUGUUCUAAAGAAAUCAAAAUCCAGGGUAUACUCGGACCUUGCACAUCUUUGGAGCAGAAAGGAACUGCAGUUUCUGACACAGUUAUCGGUGAAGGGGGUACUACAGCGUGGAAGAUGUGUGGGCUUGACAAAAGUACUUGCUUGACUGUUCUCUUUGAUCUCUCACCAGGUGAUAAGUCAUCUGUUCCAGGGAAUGUAAAUCCACAGUUGUAUCUACAAUUUCUUACAAGUUAUCAGAACUCAGAAGGUCAAACUAUGCUCAGAGUUACAACUGUUACUCGAAGAUGGAUAGACACUGCUGUCAGCUCAGAGGAUUUGAUACAAGGGUUUGAUCAAGAGACUGCUGCUGUGGUGAUGGCAAGAAUAAUUUCCUUUAAAAUGGAGACAGAGGAUGGAUUUGUUGCUAACCGGUGGUUGGAUCGGAAUCUCAUUCGCCUCUGUUCCAAGUUUGGCGACUAUAGAAAGGAUGACCCGGCGUCAUUUACUCUAAAUCCUUCUCUCUCGUUGUUCCCUCAAUUUAUGUUUAACCUUCGGCGUUCACAAUUUGUACAGGUUUUUAAUAAUAGUCCUGAUGAGACUGCUUAUUUCCGAAUGCUGUUAAACCGGGAAAACAUCUCAAAUGCUGCAGUUAUGAUUCAACCUUCACUAAUAUCAUACUCGUUCAAUUCAUUGCCUCAACCAGCAUUGUUAGAUGUGGCUUCUAUUGCAGCGGAUAAGAUUCUAUUAUUAGAUUCCUAUUUCAGUGUUGUCAUCUUUCAUGGAAUGACCAUUGCUCAGUGGCGGAACAUGGGUUAUCAGAACCAGCCUGAACAUCAGGCCUUUGCACUGUUACUACAAGCUCCUCAUGAUGAUGCCCAUAUUGUCAUUAGGGAACGUUUCCCUGUGCCAAGAUUAGUCGUGUGCGAUCAGCAUGGAUCUCAGGCGAGGUUCCUGUUGGCGAAGCUGAACCCAUCAGCCACGUACAACAAUGCCAAUGAACUGGCUGCAGGCUCAGACAUAAUUUUUACGGAUGAUGUUAGCCUUCAAGUCUUCUUUGAGCAUCUCCAGAAACUAGCUGUGCAAUCUUGAUGAUGUGAAAUCCCCCCGAGAAUAUUGACAGCCUUGUCUUUUGUUGGUUAUCUUGUUUUGGGGAGAAAUCUUUUGUUCAUGACGCGCUCAUCCCUAGAGAUCAAUAGCAUUAGGUUUUUGUUGGUGGGUUUUCCAUUCGAUAUUUGCUGAUAAAUUUUGUGUCAGAUGCCUUGUUAUUUAUACAGAGGGUGGGAGAGAAUCAUUCAUGGUAUCCAAGGAGGUAUACAUACAGGUUGAAAUCAGUAAUAAUGGGCAGAAGGGUGGGGCCUUGAGUUGUUAUACAGGAAGGAAGACGAGAUUUUACGAUUAUGGGUGCAAAUUGCUGCAGUAAAUGAUUCUUCGGCUUUUUGUUUCGACUAAGGGGAUAGUCUCUGACAAAUAGUUUCUUUAGAUUUUUCUACUUUUUACUAGGCAUUAAUUUGGGUUAGGAAUUUGUCUUAAUUGCAUUUGUAGGUUCUUUUGAAGCUUAUAGUUUGAUUGAGGACCAUGGUUUCAGGUUCACAAGUUCUAUGUUUUGGCAUUUGGAAUAUGUCAUAUUUAUAUUUGGAUUUUGAAAUGUCAUAUUUAUAUUUUAUUAAUUACUUAUUGUUGCUUAAUUUGUAUACAAUGGUCUGAAUUUUUCUGCCUGUAUUGAAUCUGUCUAUGUAAAAGACGUAAUAAAUUUCUGGA